GCACCAUGUCUGGAUCCAGCCCUGCUAUGGCAUCACUGGAGCCAGGCCUCACCGGGUCCCUGAACCGAGUCCAAACCAACCCAAGCAACAUCCCUGUCCCCCCACAUCACCCCGUCCCCCAUGCUCAGACCUACCUGGAUGAGCUCAUCAGCAUCCCCAAAGGCAGCACGCCCGGCUUCAGCUUCAGGAAGCUGUGGGCUUUCACUGGCCCUGGCUUUCUGAUGAGCAUCGCCUACCUGGACCCAGGCAACGUGGAGUCAGACCUGCAGUGUGGGGCCGUGGCUGGAUUCAAGCUGCUGUGGGUGCUGCUAUGGGCCACAGUGCUGGGACUGCUGUGCCAGAGGUUGGCCAUUCGCCUGGGUGUGGUGACAGGGAAGGACCUGGCAGAGAUCUGCUACCUCUAUUACCCCAGGGUGCCCCGUAUCCUGCUGUGGCUCAUGAUGGAAAUCGCCAUCAUCGGCUCAGACAUGCAGGAGGUGAUUGGGACAGCCAUUGCCUUCAGCCUGCUCUCAGCUGGACGCAUCCCACUCUGGGGUGGUGUUCUCAUCACCAUCACAGACACCCUCUUCUUCCUCUUCCUUGACAAGUAUGGGCUCCGCAAGCUGGAGGCUUUCUUCGGCCUCCUCAUCACCAUCAUGGCUCUGACCUUUGGCUAUGAGUAUGUGAUGGUGCGGCCAGCACAGACAGAGGUGCUGAAGGGCAUUUUCCUGCCCUACUGCCCGGGCUGUGGGCGAGAGGAGCUGCUCCAGGCUGUGGGCAUCGUUGGUGCCAUCAUCAUGCCCCAUAACAUCUUCCUGCACUCCUCCUUGGUGAAGACCCGGGCAAUUGACCGCUCCAAGAAGGAGGAGGUGAAGGAGGCCAACAUGUACUUCCUGACCGAGUCCUGCCUGGCUCUCUUCGUCUCCUUCCUCAUCAACCUCUUUGUCAUGGCCGUCUUUGGAGAGGCUUUUUACCACCAGCGCAAUGAGGACGUGCACAACAAGUGUGUCAACAGCAGCGUCAGUCGCUACGCCAGCAUCUUUCCCAUCAACAAUGAGACUGUCUCUGUGGAUAUCUACCAGGGAGGCGUCAUCCUGGGCUGCUAUUUUGGGGCUGCAGCGCUCUACAUCUGGGCCGUGGGGAUCCUGGCAGCAGGGCAGAGCUCCACCAUGACAGGCACCUACGCGGGACAGUUUGUCAUGGAGGGCUUCCUGCAGCUGCGCUGGUCCCGCUUCACCCGGGUGCUGUUCACUCGCUCCCUGGCCAUCCUGCCCACCCUCUUCGUGGCCGCCUUUAAGGACGUGAGCCAGCUGACGGGCAUGAACGACCUGCUCAACGUGCUGCAAAGCAUCCUGCUGCCCUUCGCUGUGCUGCCCGUCCUCACCUUCACCAGCCUGCGUCCACUCAUGCGUGACUUCACCAACGGGCUCCCGGGGCAGGUGCUGAUGUCCCUCAUCACGGGGUUGGUCUGUGCCAUCAACGUGUACUUCGUGGUGGAUUUCCUGCCCACGCUGCGAGGCCUGGGCUACCUCAUCCCCCUGGGGCUGCUGCUGGCGGCCUACGUGGCCUUUGUCGCUUACCUGCUCUGGACGUGCAGCAUCGCGCACGGAGCGCGGUUCCUGGCCAGGGGACGCUACAACCGGUUCAGUUUCGAUGUCAGCAUUGACGGUGCGGGGCUGGCAGGGCCGCAGUGAUGGGCUC